AUGCUCUUUUCCAAGUCUUUGCUGCUGGCAGCUCUUUCCAGCAGCGCUUUCGCUGCUCGCCUGCAAGGCCAUGCUCGUCGCCAGGCCGUGCCCACGACGACCGUGACUGAGCUCAUCACUAUCACUGCCUGUCCUUUUUCGACUUCCACCCCGGCGUGGACUACUUCUGCUGUGGUGACUCCCACCCCAACUCCCGAGUACACUCCUACUCCUACUCCUACUCCCUCGCCUGAGUCUUCUUCUACUCCCACCCCGACUCCCGAGCAGACCUCCACUCCUGAGCCGACGACUUCGGCUGUGCCGACUACGUCCGCCGUGGAGACUACUUCUUCCGCCGUGGUUUCUACCUCCGUUGAGGCUUCUUCCACCUCUGCCGCCGCCACUACCACCUCCUCCGGCUCCAGCUCCGCUUGGACCGAGGUUCCCUCGGACGGCGUCUACUCCACCUCUGGAUUUGGUGCCUCUACUAACUCUUCUGGCUCGGGCGACACCUACUCGGGCAACGUCGGCAGCCCUUACGGUAGCAACAUCAUCACCGUCUCCGAGUCCGAGGCCAGCUCGUACAAGUACGUCGUCCAGUUCAAGGGUUCCAACAGCGAGGACUGGAAGGUUGUUAUCUGGAAUAAGUACAGUUCCGACGGUACCAUGGACGGUUGGUACGGAAACGCCUGCCACUCUUUCACCCUCGCCGCCGGUGAGACCAAGUACUAUGCCUUCGACACCGAUUCCCAGGGUGGUUGGGCCGCCGCCAAGGGCUCUUCAAUCCCUACUGACAGCUACGGUGGCUACGCCUCCACCUGGGGAGAGUUCGACUUCGGUUCCUCCACCAACUCCGGCUGGUCUGGAUUCGACGUUUCGGCCAUCAUGGCCCAGGACGCCGAUCUCUCUGUCCAGGGUAUGAAGAUCUGUGAUGCCUACAACUCCGACGGUACUUGCUCGUCCAUCACUACUGGUGCUGGUACCGUCUCCAACGCCUACACCAGCGCUGAGACUGAUAUCGGUGGUAUCGGCGGUAACCUUUCCGCUGGACCUGUCCGUCUUGCCGUUACCAUUGAUUACGAUGGUUAA